AUGCAGGCCCCCGGCGAUGCGGGAAAUAGUUGGGGAAGCUAUUACAGGUCGUUUACUGGUGGUGGUGGGGACCCAGCGGAAGGCAGCCGAGAGCCGGGCACUAGGAGGAAGAAGAUUGCGGGUUACCUGAAGGCUGCCAAUGAUCUGAGGCAGAGCUACUAUUCGGGGUAUGCGAAUCGGGCCAGCGAGAUGGAGGGCGGUUACAGCGGUGGCACGGACCAGUCGUCGGGCUCGUGGCCGGAGAUGGAGGUUGCGAGGAGCGGCGAUGAGGAGCUUGUGCUGUUCCCGAGCUAUGCCAGACGGCGCCCAGAUGAGGACAAUGCGGUUGAUGUGGAGAUCCGGGGCUGGCUCUUUGCCCCGCACUCGGGCCCUCUGAGCCGGAAGAACCGAUACCUCCACUGGGUCGCCCUUAAGCUCUGUGGACUCCCUGCGCAAGCUUCUGCCCAGCCCGGGGAGCCCGACAGGGGCCCCACAGCUGCAGAGGCAGAGGCAGAGGCAGAGGCAGAGGCAGAGGCAGAGGCUGCGAAAGAGGCUGCGGCAGCUGUCGAAAAGAAUGGCAGACCUCCGUCGCUCUAUUCGUCCGACAGCAGGAUGGAGAGCCUGUCCAGGACCAACUCCGCGCCCAUGAACGCCGCCGCCGCCGCCGCAGCAGCAGCAAAGACGUUAUCCUGGCGCCCAGCCAUGGUGACCAACGCAAGCACCCAAUCAUUGCCGCAGGUACCGCAACUAGACCCUGCCGAGAUUGCAUCUGCGCAUGCAGCGCUUGCUGCGCGUCUCGCGCCCUUCAUGCAUCGUCCCAUUCCCAACACCCGCAUCACCAUAACCUUCAGCGACGAAUCCGCGGGAUCCUCGCAGUCGUUCACUGUCUUCACCUCCGAGACCGGCCACUUCUCCUUCCAAAGCGAUCUUCCCUUCAUCCCUACCACUGUCCGCGUCGUUGCCUCGGAAAGGAUUUCGGCAACUGAAGAUGUCAUCAUUCAUGAGCCGACCGGAAUAUCGCUGAUAUCGGAUAUCGACGAUACGGUAAAGCAUUCAGCCGUGUCCAUGGGCGCGCGCGAGAUAUUCCGAAACACCUUUACGGAGCCCUUAUCGAAGCUUAGCAUCCCCGGUGUUUCAGGCUGGUACAAGCGGCUGUCCCAGGAGCCGUAUAACGUCAAUUUCCACUAUGUGUCAAACUCGCCAUGGCAGCUAUACCCCGUGCUCAAGUCGUUCUUUGAAGAAUCCGGGCUUCCGCCGGGCAGUAUGCACCUCAAAGAAUACAGUGGCAUGCUUCAGGGCAUCUUCGAACCUGUCGCCGAGCGCAAAAAGGGCGCGGUGGAGCGGGUGAUUCGAGACUUUCCUCGGCGCCAGUGGAUCCUGGUCGGGGAUUCUGGUGAGGCAGAUCUGGAAGUUUACACCGAGAUUGUCGAAAAGUUCCCGGGUAGGAUCCUGGCCGUUUUCAUCCGGGACGUCACAACAACUUUGGCACCCGACGAAAAGGAAUUCUUCAACCCAAACGAAUCGCCCGAGUACGCCAAGGCAAUGCAAGAAUGGGCAGAGGCAAAAGCAGCCAGUGUAAAACAGCCCAAGAUUCCCCCGCCACUACCUCCGAAGCGUAAAUCUGUCAACCACACAGUAACCCAAACCCAGCCAGAAGAACGCUCCCGAGAGACACCAAUAGCAGGGGCCAAGACACCCCCUCCCAGGCCUCCCAAGCCCCCAAGCCUCCGGGACACCAUGACGGCACCAGCUGCCAAGUCAUCCUCCACCACCGACCUCCUCUGUACUCGAAACUCUCCACCGCCGCCCCCGCCGCCAAGACGCACGGCUACCUUCUCAUCCAGUGAGCCCCCCAGUAUUGUCCCACCGUCGCCUGGGCCACUCCAACACUCUGCCACUACUGCUUCGUCGUCGCCCGCACCGAUGACGCAGAAGCAGCAGCAGCAACAGGCGCAGCAGGAGGUGCUACUGAGUAAACGCGAAGAGCUGUGGAACCGUCGCUGGGAGCGGGCUCUGAUGAUUAUGGGGCACUACGACGUUCAGCUACAUAGUUGGAGGACGGGCGGGGAUGUAGAGGCCAUGUGUAGAGCCAUUGUAGAGAAGGCCCUGUGGGAGUAA